AUGGAAAUAUCGGCAGACGACAUGACGUCACGGCAGACAACAAAUGUGUCAGACUCGGAUUAUGAAUUAGUUGAACUGAUGUGCCAGCCACAAAGGAAGAGAGAAUUUACUUUUACCGGAUAUGACAUCAUGUCUGACAUCGAUCCUGAUAUCUGUGAUGGCGAACAACACCUCGAGACAGAUCACCAUCUUAGACUGUACCUGGACGCGUGCAAACUCUUUGGUGUUCUACCUUUGGUCUGUGUCAAGAAGAGUUUGCAGAAACCAGACAUGGUGAUGAGGAACGCCUCCAUUGACUGGAGGGACACGAGGGCGCUCGCUGUGGCACUAGUGGGAAAUCAGUAUGUCAAGUGCCUUGACCUCCACGGUAAUAACCUGGGACCCAAAGGCGUAAUAUCUCUGUCGGAAAUGUUAGCGGAGAAUGUCACCAUAACAGAUAUUAAUAAUGCAUCUCUAAGGGAACUGCGAUGCAGUCACAACAAGUUUGGUGAAAUCGGCGGCCUCUACCUGGGCCCAGCAAUAGCUUCCAAUGACACCAUCGAAGUUUUAGAUCUCAGCUGGAACCAUCUCAGAGGCAAGGGUGCAAUGGCAGUAGCCGCAGGCAUGGAGACGAACGGAGGUGUUAAGACACUUAACAUUUCGUGGAAUGGUUUCGGCAAAGAUGGCUGUAGCGUACUGGCCCAGUCGUUGCUAAGCAACGCCACCAUGACGGAACUAGAUGUCAGUUGUAACAGGGUGGACAAACAGGGCGUGGCAGCUCUCAUGCGGGGACUACAGGGUAAUGAAGUGCUCGAAACGCUUCGGAUUGGACAAAAUCCCAUCAGCCCAGAUAUAGCGGUUUCCAUUCUAAGAACAAUAGAACUGCUACCAAAAUGUAGCAUCACUCAUUUGGAUCUGAAGGAUGUUGCUGUCAAUGAAGAUUUCCUGAAGCUUGGAGAAAAAAUCAUUAACGUUAGAAAUUUACGGAUCCAAACUGGACCCUUAUUAACGAAGGGUGAAUUUAUAAAGGAAUAUACAACAAUUGCAAAUAGGAAAAGUAAGUCACUGCCCGAGUCGGUGGACUGUCAGCAGCAGAGCUGA